AUGAUUGAGGAAUUUGCAGCUUUGCCUCAUAAACUGGUUUUACUGUUGCCGGCAACGGACGAGAUUUUCGAUGGUUCUAGUGGAGGUUCUUCAGCAACUCAUGUUUCUAAAAGAAAAAGCAAAGGAGAAAAAGACAAUGAUGGUGAGGAUCAACAAUCUGUAAACAAGAAACCGGGUCAAAAGAAAAUCAAGGGCGACUGA